GUGUUUUUCUCCGUAUCAGCAUGCUACUGGGUAGGUGAUCACGAUUCACGGCUAGCGUUUACGGAAAAGUCUGUUGAAGUCAACUCCAAGCCCAUGCUUAUCGAAUGCAAAAUGUGAAAUGUUUUGAAAAUUCGAUAUUUAUUUGGUUAUUAUCGUGUUGGUCUUCAUAUCUUUCUCGGGUAUUAAAGGCCUCCUUGAUGUAUGCGUAUUGUAAUACAGCUUUGGAUCUCUCGUGAGUGCAUUCUAAAUUGAGAGUUUGGACCAACGUGAGCUUGAAUGCGUGAUCAUCUGGCAGGGUGGAAAACGUUCUGCUGUCAGCAUUGAACAUUCACAAGACGGGAACCUACUUGCAGAUUUAACAGAUUGUGGACUUUACAUAGCAGAAACGCUCUGGAAUGGGACAUACGAUCGGCUUGGCAUGCCGAUGUGAUUGCUGCUGGAUCAUGGAAAAUUGAGUUGUUUUGCUCCUUCUUCCUUGUAUCAUUGGUCAGCUAUUUAAAAUGGCUGCUGAUUUAUCGCCUCGAAUCGAACAUCAGGUGCUUCCUUUUGACGAAUGGAAGAACAACUCCCCGCCGACAUUACUGGAGAGUGCCUGCAUGACGUUUCUGAAGAAUCUGCCUCUAUUCUGUGAAGUACGCAAGGAUAUUCUGUAUCUGAAACCGGACAUCGCUAUUCCCGUUGGAGCGAGUGAUGUUCUCUUGGAGAAAUAUGUCAGAAUGCGCCAUGUGAUCGAUCUGUCUAGUUUUGAUAAAGUUCGGCGGGUUGUGGAGGCCGAAGACGAUUCUUUCCUGAGUGUAUUCUUUAAUCAUGACCACCGCGUGCAGACACGCCUCAAGCGGGCUCGGCUGGAAGAUUUAAAGCUGACAGCUGAUGUGGUAAACAAUCUGAUACGUUCGCAUCUCGAUUUGGAAGAGCUGUACAUAAAUGUUGCCGAUACCAAUGGGUCGAUAAUGGAAAGCAUUACGCAGUUGGGAUCGCGAUUAACCAAGCUGAAUUUCCAUAAUUUCCAUAGUCUUUUCAGUGAUGAAAUGCAGAGAUACUUUCGGGCCGAUGAUACCGGCUGUCCGUCGCCAUAUAAGCAAAGACAGUACAUUGUCAAUGCUCCCAAUUUGUUAUCGCUUGGUAUUAAGAGGACGCAACUUCCCACGGUUGGAAUGUUUAAUCUUUUUCUAAAGCCCAUGGUCAAGUUACAGCAUCUGGACCUCUCGCUUAGCCUGGUCGGGAGUUUUGCUUUUUUUAAUGGACAUCUGCAGAAAACUCUGCAAUCCCUGUGCUUGUAUGGAGUGAAAAUUAGUAAUGAUGAUUUCCAAAUCAUUGCUACGCUUACGAAGCUAAAAUACCUGGAUGUCUCGCAGGCGGAAAUUUUGCCUGAUCAAAAUCCAUCAUGCUUGCGCCUUUUGAAUGAAAGUCUUCCAGAUCUGGAAUAUCUAGAUAUUUCCUACACAUGCCUAUGCGACCCCAUUGCCGGUGCUGUUGGGCCUGAUUCGCGUUUAAAUGACGUCCCUAGUUCGAUAGAAGGACUUCGCGGACGAAAAAAGCCGUUAGAGUUCCUUGGUCUUUUUCAAUGCCGUAACGGGGCAUGCCAGUGGAGUAUGAUCCCUGCAUUACGCGUUUCCGGGGAUGCCAAUGAAGCGCAGAUCGUCAUAAGUCUUCAGAUCUACAUGUAUCGACCGCGUUAUCUGCACAAAGCUCUUAACGAUGCUUACCGUCUUUUGCGCUAUGAAAUCUGUACGAAGCCACAUCUUAUAUUAAAGCUUAUUCUGGAUGCCAUGUUUAUGUAUCCCAAGUCGAUGAGGAUCCAGAUAGCCGGGAGUGCUGCAUUAUUCUAUGUCGUUCGGAAUGAUGGGACGAAGAAUAUGAAGAUGGAUCCGUAUAUGCGACGACAAGUGAUUCGUGCUAUCGUUAUGGCUAUGGGCAACAAUCUUAACGAGCAAACGAUGCUGCGGAAUGGGUGCUUGACCCUAUGCCAGUUCCACAUCCCCAAUGAAGUGAUGUUCCUGUAUCGUGAUGUAGUAACGGUGCUGCUUAAAAUGCUCCGUCUAGCCGGAUUGGAUGAGUUUCUUCUGCGGAUUGGGGUUUUGUUGUUGAACAGUUUGGCUUGUCAAGUGGAGAAUGAGCACAAGAUGAUGGUGGGCGAGAUGAAAGCAGUGGAAACUAUGAUUGAUAUUAUUGAAAAUCGUUUACGUGAUAACAACUGUGAUGAAGUCAUGGAAGUAUCGUGGAGUAUGAUGUGGAACGUCACGGAUGAGACACCCAAGAACUGCGAGCGGUUUCUGGACAAAAAUGGGAUGGGACUGUUUUUGCGCUGUUUGACAACCUUUUCUGACCGUGGAGAGUUGUUAAGAAACAUGAUGGGACUGCUGGGUAACGUAGCGGAAGUUCAACAUCUGCGGAAUAAGCUCAUGAAUUCUCAGUAUAUCAAAGUAUUCAGUAAUUUGCUGGACAGCACAAGCGACGGUAUUGAAGUGAGUUAUAAUGCCUGCGGAGUGUUAGCCCAUAUUUGCUCGGAUGGACCAACGGUUUGGACAAUUGAUACACCCACGUAUCAAGAGAUCCAAGAUAAAAUGAUCGACGCUAUUAAUCGCUGGCCGCUGCGCUCUAAACGGAACAUCAAUUAUCGGAGUUUUGAACCCAUUCUGCGGCUCAUCCCGUGGGCUCAUUCCCCUGCUUCUCAGCACUGGGCUUGCUGGGCACUGGCCAAUCUCACAAGAGUUUACCCUGAUAAGUAUUGUCCCUUACUGGAGAAAGAACGAGGUUUGGAACGACUGCAGCCACUAAAGGAUGCGGAAACUCCAGCGAGAGUUGAUACCAAAAAGUUGGUCAACAAAGUCUUCUCGCAUUAUGAACGAUUUCUGGAUAGAAUACCCGUGGAAGCCUGGUCGGACGGAGAGAUGGAUGUUAGUGAUUUGGAAGUUGACAUGGAAAUAGGUGAUGCCGAUUCAUGAAUUCCUUACCCUUCGGCUAAUGGAAUUUUGUGCUUGAUGUAAAUGGCUCUUGGUGAGCCCAGAUUGCCCCGAUCGCGAGAGAACCGAGAGGACUGCUGAUAACAGUUUUUGACCUCUUGUGGUUUUGGUGUAAUCGCUGAGAUCUUUUGUUGAAGAUUGUAUCCUUUUAUUUGUUCUUAUACUAUGAGUUGUAGCUUAAAAUCGGUGACACUGGAAUUUAGUUUGUUCUAAUCCUCCACGCUAUUUUUCCACAGAGUUUUAAUUCUCUACUUACGUAACGGGCUGUAUUGUACACACGGAAAACAUUGCAGUUUAAGUGAGCAAAACUAAGAAUCUCACUCGUA